UUCUUAUUACAUUCUUGUUCUGUGCUUGUGCUGUCAAUUUCAAAACUAACGUACGUUAACGUUUUUGAAAAGAAAUAAAAUAGAAUAUCUUCGUAAACAAUUAGGUAUUAUUUCAUUACGAGGAUUUUUAUAGUAUGAAUAAUCAAAAUUCGUCUGUGAAUGUCUUUUAUGAUAGUGACGAAGACGUUUGUUGGGGUCCAGUUACUUUAAGAGAAGUUAAAAGGGAUUUGAAGAGGGACACAAAGCUUAAUCCAAGUUACCGCCGUCAAACCGCUGCUUUCAUUCCUUUGCCAGUUGAAGAAAAUAAAAAAAUGUCCAGCUUCACUUCAAGUCAUUCCAGCAAAGAUUAUAACACUGCUAAUGAAUCCUUGGAAUCAAACAAUAUUGGAACAAUUAAUGAAAUGCAGGAAAAGGCUGAAAAAAACACAUCUCAAUUGGAUUCCAGCAUAUGUGGUUCUGAUAAAUUUCAAUCAAUAGAAAAUAUAAAUGAUGGAGUGGAAGUUGUUGAACUUUCAUCAGAUAGUGAAGAUGAAGUCACUGAUGGAGGUCUGUCCAAUAACGUUAUUGAAUUAUCUUCUAGUGAGGAUGAAGAACCCCAUCAUUCUGAAAAUGAAAGGAGAGAUCUGCAAUUACAAAGUUCAUUUAUUAACUUUGUUGAAAAUGUCAAGUUAGAGAAUGAUAGUCUUAUGUCUAAGGAAAAUAGGAUUUCAUUUGAUCAUUCUAUAAAUGAAGACUCGCAAUUACUCAGCGCAAAUGAGGAAGAAUUUGAUAUGAGGCAGAUACCAACUAUAAGAAUAAUUGCAAAAACGCCAAUAAAAGAAAGAAAAUAUUCAUCAAAUUACAGUGUUAAUGAAAUUUUGAAUUCAACUGGCAGAAGUAAAAUUUCAGAAUCUAUAGAAAAACAUAAUUUAACUGAUGAAGCUAUUGCCAAUUCGCCCAAAAGAAUGUUAGAUUUUUCUUCAGAUCUUUCUAAAUCUGGGAACCAUGGUCCUAUGGAAAAUUUCAAUUCAGUACCAAAUAAUGAAGAUGAAAUGUUUGAAAAUAAUUCGGAAGAUCAAUUGAAUACUACUUCAAGUGACAACCAAGACAACUUAAUUGAUGAUGACAAAAUACAAGAAACUCCAACCAAGAUACAAGUGCCAAAAAUCAAUAUAAUCUCAGUCACACCAAUAAAGAGACCAAACUAUUUUUCGAUGAGUUAUUCUGCCAGUCAAAAUAAUAGUUCAAUUGAUGGGUCUUUACAGUCAAGUAGAAUGGAAAAGAGUUCCGCAUAUAUGUCAAAUGAAUCUGAUGAAUGUAUAGAAAUUGUAGAUGAUAAUUCAAAUGAUUCUGGUAAUAUGGAGAAUUCAUAUAGCAAUGACCAUGUUGUGCUAUCAUCCCAUUCAUCUUCACAUAAAUCAAUGAACACAAGUCAAAACGAGAAUGAAUAUGAUUAUUAUGAAGAAGUCAAUCAUACUCUUUCUAAACUUGCCUCAGACCUCUCAUUGAAGAAUUCAGAUGAACAUAAUCAUUCCAACUUACAAAAUUCUUCUAGAACUUCCAAUAUCCUCAACAAUUCAAGUCAAUCAAACAAUAUACAAAAUUCAAUGACUCCAAAUAAAUUUCAAGAUUCAAGAAAAACCAGCAAUAUACAAAUUGAUCCCAUAAAUUUGAAUGAUUUGAGUAAUUCAAGUAGAUCAGACAGAACUCAAAGUAUGACUUCAAAUAUAACAAACGAUGCUAGAAAAUCCAAUCAUAAACAAAAUGUUUCUCUGAAUAAUUUUAAUAAUUCAAACCUAUCGGACAAUAUUGAGAACAAUUCAACCAGGACCUCAAGUCAACAUUAUAGCACCCAAGAUGAUUUAGCUUCUAGUAUCAGCGAUAACCAAACAAAUGAUUCUUUGAAUGAUACUUUUGCCGAGAUGGAGAGAUUAUUAACAAAAGGUUUUGAGUCUGACUCUGAUGAUAGCAUUGAUAAUGUUAUUGAUCCUUCACCAUGUAAGCCUUUUAAAACACCACUUGGCAACUCGACUUUUCAGAAUCAAUCCAGAAUACCUGUACCUACAAGCUUCAGCGAUGAUUCCAAAAGUAAUGCAUCCUCUAAAAGUGAUUUCAAAGUUCCCAAAUUUCCUGUGAAGCCCAUCAAGAAGACCCCAAAUAAAUUUGCAGCCUCCCCGCUACCGCUUAAAAAUAUAAUAAGCCCUGUAAGGGUUUAUAUCAAGAAUUCUCCAUAUCCUACAUUGAAACACAAUAAUAAACCUACAAGCAGCUAUUCACAACACAUUCUUGGAGGUUUAUCAGAAGGACACGCUAUGGUACCUAAAAAACAUAAAAAUUUGUUUGGCAGCUUACCAGAAGUAGUAUAUAAACCAUCGAAACUUAUCAAAGAAACUAGUGAUAAUCUUAUCAUCUUACCUGACAAUAUAAGAAAACUGAUUACAGAAACAACAGUUGUUAAACAUGAACCUCGUAAAAGAAUUAAUUUCGAUGAAAGUCUGAUUCCUGUAGAACAGAAGUUGAAUAUGAAAGAUAUAUCGCGUAUUGUAAGUGAUGACCAGAAUAUGUCUGUCCAUGUCAAAAAACAAGGUUUCAAUUUGUAAAUUUGAAUUAUUUGCAACAAAUACUUCCUGAUUGAAAUGACAACUGUAAAAUAUUAUUCUUUUUAAUUAAAAUAUAUUUGCGUGAUUGCUAAAUAUUUAAUAUUUUCCUUUGAAAUUGCAGCCUCACUCUCUUCACAAAUUGUUAUAGAAAACCAUAUUAUAGUAAUUAUAUAUAAAUAGAUCUGAA